AUGACCAACCGUACACAUAUAAGUCUUCCAAUUGAUGAAAAAAAUGUGGAAAUAAAGGCAAGGAUUGGAAGUGAACAAGAAUUUGAACGUCGAAUGCAAGUGGCGUGUGAACUUACAAAAUCUAGCGGCGAGUUACUGGAGCAGAAGGAUGUGUUCUUUAAUCUUCUAGAGGAGAUUGAUGGGAGAAGGCUUAAACUACGCUACUUACAGCCACCAGACGUCUCACAGUUGAUUUAUUAUGUUCGUUCUAAUAAGACUGGACCAAAGCUCUCAACAUUCAAUAUAAUUGAUGUAGAAGAUCCUGUAUUGCUUCAGGAGAUUUUGAAAAAAAGUAAUGGAAUUAAAGGAAUUUUAGAGAAAAAGAGAUACUUAUUUCUUUAUGGACAAACUCGUAUACAUAUGGAUAAAGUGAUAAAUUUAGGCAACUUUAUAGAAUUUGAAGUUUGUCUGCGGCCAGAUCAGACAGUAGAAGAGGGCCAGCGAAUAGCUAACGAGUUGAUGAAAAUAUUUGGUAUAAGAGAGGAAGAGUUAAUGGAUGGGGCUUACUUUGAUGAACUGUUGAAUAUUAAUGUUUAA